AUGCGCCUCUCACUCCUCCUCCUCGCCCUUGUCGGCAGCGUCUUGGCCAAACCCCUUUCCGUCCCCGUUUCUCGGGCAGCAAGCUCCGAUGCCCACACCAAUGGAAUGCGCCUCGUGCGCAAUGGCGAGUCCAACAGUUGCGUUAAACGCACUCGCCCAAACACCGUCGUGCUGGACGGCAGUUACAUGCUCUCAGCCGCAAAGGACGUUGCUCAAGGAGGAUACGGCACUGAACUUACCAACAUCCUAACACUGGCCGACUAUUGGAUGACCCAGGGCCCUUGGACUGUCACUUCAAAGAAGGUUGACGUCCCAGGUGGCACAAAGAAAGACUACGCGUCUCAGGCUCCCUACUGGUGGCCCGCAAACUGGAACGACCCGUCCUCGAGCCAGACUUGCCCUUACGUGCAGCGCGAUGGCCUGCGUAAUCCCGACGUCGACCUGUACACGGACCGCCGCGACGGCGGGUCCAUGAUGAACUCGACCUACAUGCUUUCGCUGGCAUGGUGGUACACUGGCGAUUACAAAUAUCGCGAGCACGCCGGCAAGGUCCUCCGCACGUGGUUUAUCGACGAGGCCACGCGCAUGACCCCCAACCUCCAGCAUGCUCAGAUCAUUCCGUGCGCCAACACGGGGCGCUUUAUUGGCAUCAUCGACUUUUCCCAGCAGUACACGGACGUGAUUGACGCGGUCGCGCUACUCAACACGGGAUACGACGAGGCCUGGUGCGAGGCUGAUGCGGCCAGCUUUGAGGACUGGAACCGUCAGUUCCUUACGUGGCUCACCGACUCCCCCUUCGGCAAGGCCGAGUUGGGCUACCAGAACAACCAUGGAGCUUUUGCUGCCAUGCAGAUUGCCGCCUUGGCGUCUUGGCUCGGUGACGACGCAACCGCAUCCCGCUAUCUCCAAGACCAAAAGGCUCACCUUGACGCAACCAUCUCGGCAAAUGGCAGCCAGCCGCUUGAGAUUCAGCGCACGACGAGCUUCCAUUACAGCACGUUCGCCCUCGUCGCCUACCUGCGCAUGGUGGCGAUCGGCCAAAAGGAAGGCGUCGACGUCGACCUCUGGGGAUACGAGGGCCCCGAAGGGCAGUCAAUCCCUGCUGCUGUGCGAUACAUCCUCCCUGCCGCAGCUUCCGGCGCUCAAGCGUGGCCGCACCCCGAGAUCAACUUCAAGCGGUUCGGGGCGUACGACAUUGUGCAGUUUGCCGCCGAUAUGGGCAUGAAGGAGGCCAAGGACAUCCUCGACCAGAUCGAGGAGCCGUUCCACGGCGGCACGUGGGCGCUCAGCCCCGCGGUGCAGCAGCUCGACUCGACCCUCUUCUAG